GGUCUCGACUAAUGCAGCACGCAACACACCCACCCCACAGGCGUCCCUAUUAGCCACGAUGUCGGCAUCUGUUUCUUCUAAUAAUAAAAUGGAUUCGGAGUCUCCCACUGGAAGAUUUGAUGCUUUCCAAGCCCUCCGAAACCUCUCGUCCAAUUCAAAUUCCGUGACCAUCUCCGAACUCGAAUACAAACGUCUGCUCCAAGCGUCGCAGCAGUUUGCCAAGUUGAAGAACUCGCUUCUCGAAGGGGGCCUGUUGCAGGAGACUCUCGAUAUCUUGAUCUAUGGCCCUCCCUCGACUCCUCCGACUACUGGAGGUCGCACUGCAGAUACCGCGCCUCCACAACGAGGGCAUACCAAGCGUGCAGUCGUUCCUCGUCGCAGAAGCUCAGAUGAGAGCUCCGAUCUAGAUGCUGCAUCUGAAGAUGACCACGAUGAUGCUACCUCGGUCGACUCGCCCACCAGCGACGGAAAAGCAGAGGACCACGAAGGUUCAUCCAGGAGCGAGGAAUCCGCGGCUACCCCUACUGAUCAACGCACUGUGAUGAUCCGCAACCUACCAGACCGCGUCACCUACAAAGACGUGGUCGACGCUGUGCAGAGCGGUGCCCUUGUUCAUGUCUACCUAAGGGCUCGUGAGCGGAUUGCAAGUGUGUCAUUUGUGGAAGAGGCUGCGGCCCGCUCCUUCCUGCAGCAUAGCAACACUCAUGGUCUUUCUGUGGCGGGGAAGCGCGUUGAAACUCAGUGGAAUGACCGGCAGUUCUACGUUCCUCCCUAUGUCAGAAACAAGAUCUACAAUGGAGCCUCGAGGAACCUAGUUCUCUACAGCGUGCAUCCGAACGUCACAGAGUGGGUCAUCCGGAAAGAUCUGGAGCAUAUCCACAACCUAAUCGUAAUCUCGGUUAAAUUCAACAAUGGCAAUGCCUACAUAUCCACCAACUCCGUGCACAAUGCCUUGUUUGCGCGAUCCUGCAUGAUGUCCCGAUUUACAUACAAAGGUACGAGAAUCGGGUUCUAUCCAGACGAGUGUGCGGAAUCGCAGGGUAAGGUACCCAUCGGGCCGAGACACGGUGUGCAAGAUGCUUCAGUCGGGAAAUCCACAUCAGUUCUCAACCGUUUCCAUAUCUUGUCCCUUGAUGGGGCUGAUGACGAUGAGAGCGAAGAUUACGACGGCCAUGGUGGAAUGAGCGGUCACCUUAACGGCAACGUCCGCUGGACAGACAACAGCGUUUCUGCUUAAGUCCCUUAGAGCACCCUCUCGGCCUUUCUUUCCCUACGUUUGCUAAACUUCUUCCAUACCAUGUCAUCGGUGGUCUACUGCAUCGAAUAGUUUGUUGCAUCUUAUUCGAUACAGCUGAACUGGAAUUGAUGCCAAGGGCAUGCGGGUCUGCGGGGACAUUGCAUCAGUGCAGUGUUCGCGCGAAUCAGAACGGGGUCAACUGGUGUCCGCGUGGGUUGUGAGGCGGGAAGGUUUACAUGGAAAUGGACUGGAAGGGAAUGGAAGGGGCGUUCAUGUCAGAAGGGCUCUUCAAACUUAAGUGUGGGUCGUGAUUUCCUUUUAAGAUAGCAUAUUGAUAGUCAGAAUAUCCACCAGCUUGGGGCUCCCGUGUGGGCAGGUG